CUAAAUAAUUAGAUUUUAUUAUUGUUUGAAACAUUAAGCCUUUUAUCUCAUUAUAGUUAUUAAUUACAUAAAAUUGUUAAACAUAUACUUACAACUAAUACAGUAUUGACAUUAAUAUUAUGGAAAAACUGAUUGUCAUUAUAUUGUAUGCCAUAAAUGGGAAAAUCUAUUGAAAUUUAAUUAAACUUAAGAAACACGUGUUGUUAACGGACUACAAGAUCUAUACAAACAGUGAUUACAAGUGUUGAAAUUGUUGUGGUAUUUACUGUUUGGUAUUGUUAUGAAUAAAUUGUAUUUAAUAUGAUAUAUGUAGACGAAACAGAACCGGAUGAAGAAGCUGAACCACCUUUCGAGCCGAGGAAAGUGGUCGUCAAAAAUAAGGAUCCGACAAAAGAGUACAAUUUAGCUGAAGAGUUGGGACGUGGCAAAUUUGGUAUCGUUAGGAAAUGUACUGAAAAGUCAUCGAAAAAGCGUUUCGCCGCCAAAUUUAUUACAGUUAACAGAAUCGAUGACCGACACGAAGUGGAACGGGAGGUCGAUAUUAUGCGAUCCUUACAACACCCCCGACUCUUACAACUGUACGACGCCUUUGAUGACGGAAAGACUCAAAUGUGUCUUAUUAUGGAAUGUAUCGAAGGGGGAGAACUGUUUGAAAGAGUCAUUGACGACGAUUUUGUCUUAACAGAGAAGGCGUGCACUAUAUUCAUGAGACAAAUCUGUGAAGGAGUCGAGUAUAUCCACUCACAGAAUAUUCUUCAUCUCGAUAUGAAGCCGGAGAACGUGUUAUGUGUGACGCGAACCGGGAAUCGCAUAAAAUUAAUAGAUUUUGGAUUAGCCCGUCGUUACAAUAACAAUGACAAACUACAGGUGCUGUUCGGUACUCCAGAAUUUGUAGCGCCAGAAGUGCUCAACUUUGAAGAAGUUGGGUUUACCACAGAUAUGUGGGCCGUUGGUGUUAUCUGUUAUAUACUUCUUUCGGGUUUAUCACCCUUUAUGGGUGACAGUGAUUUGGAAACUAUGGUUAACGUCACGAGAGCUGAGUUUGAUUUCGAUGACGAGUCAUUUGAUCCCAUCUCGGAUGAGGCAAAAGAUUUUAUAUCAUGUUUACUAAUUAUGGACAGGGACCAACGUAUGACAGCCCGACAGUGUCUAAAUCAUCAGUGGUUGCGGGUGAGUGUUACACCAACGCCACCACCAGUUCCAGGUUUAGAUGAGGGCAAACUGUUUGAGAAAGGGAAGAAGAAAAAGAUGGAACAGAGUCUCGACAAGAAAAGGCUUAAGAAGUUUGUUAUAAGACGUCGAUGGCAGAAAGCCGUUAAUGCAAUUUUGGCUCUAAAAAGAAUGGGAGCCGUUAUUUGAUUCAAUAUUUUAGUAUAUAUUAGUUUAAAAUCUGUGCACAAUUAUCAAGAUAAAUCAUCGCAAGAAUUUCAAUAUUUAAAACUUGAUUUUUUUUAAUCACUAAUU